GCUAUAAGGUUGGCUGGUCGCUCUCCUAUCGCCUUUCUCCACACACAAUCCACCCCAAUCCACACUACCAAAACGCCUUACACUACCACACACACACACACUCUCUCUCUCUCUCCCGCCACCAUCUUUCUGCCCUAUAUGGCGGCCCUACGUGAACAAAUUACGGAUUACUACCAUGUUCAACAGUUCUCUGGAAAUUCUUCUGCAACGUGCCGAAUAGAACCACAAUCGCCUACCCCUUUCUCUCGUGGCCCUCCCUCCCCUUACCGCUGGUCUGUUGGCCUGUCACUGCGGUCAUUCCAAGGGGAACUCCGGCUUGCUGCAUGCAUACCGCAUCAUGCAUCAGUCGCCAAGCUGCGCAAAUGCUUCCACCCCGCUAAUCUGUUUCCCCUUCUUCACGCGUUGUUGGAAUUAAAAAGAAAGGCUUGUCCACUGCCGGAUCCCAAGUAGGUGCUUCAAAGUAUCGUUCAUCAAACAGUCGUUUGUC